AUGAAAUCAAUUUUUUUAUUAAUUAUUUCCUUGCUUUUAGCUUCUUGCUCAUAGUUUUAAUAUAAUGAAACACUUGCCUAAGACUUAGCUGGAUUUUCUCUUGCUUCUUACUGUAAUCCUAAAUAUUUAUAAUAAUGGAAUUGUGGCUCUGCUUGUAAAAAAAACCCAAAUGGUCUUACAGAUUUCUCUUAUUUGUAUAACAAGACUUUAAAGGCAAGUGGAUAUAUAGGCUAUUCUGCUCAUCAUGAUGCUAUUAUAGUUGUCUUUAGAGGAACUGUCCCUUGGUUGAUCUAAAAUUGGAUUGCAGAUUUAAACACUAUCAAAAUUUAAUAUCCUUUCUGUGAAAAUUGUUAUGUUCAUAAAGGUUUCUAUAAAUAGUUCAAUUAAUUAAAAUCUUAACUUAUUUAAAGCUUUACAGAAAUUCGUUAAAAAUAUCCUUCAUCAAAAAUAUUUGUCACUGGACAUUCUCUUGGUGCAGCUAUGAGUUUUCAUUCAAUGCCUAUUAUUUUUGAAUUAAAUGGAAAUAAGCCUAUUGAUGCUUUCUAUAAUUAUGGUUCCCCAAGAGUUGGUAACGAAGCAUAUGCAACUUGGUUUAAUUUACAAAAUUUUGCUUUAUAAUAUGGCAGAAUAAAUAAUGCAGCAGAUCCUGUUCCUCAUUUACCUCCUAUUCUUUUCCCUUUCUAAUUUUAUCAUACUAAUCAUGAAAUAUUUUAUACUUCAUUUAUUGAAGAUGGUAACAAAUAUGAGUAAUGCUUAGAUGCAGAACACAAAUUAUGUGCAAAUAGUAAGAUUAUUGCUGCAAGCGUUCGUGACCAUCUUAGUUAUUUUGGCUGGAAUUGGGCUACUUCUAUUUUAACUUGCCAAUGA